AUGGCUGCCACUAAAGUUUACAUUGUUUACUACUCUACAUACGGACAUGUCGAGAAGCUAGCUGAAGAGAUUAAAAAAGGGGCGGCUUCUGUCGAAGGAGUUGAAGCAAAACUAUGGCAGGUACCUGAAACACUUCCAGAGGAUGUCCUUGGGAAGAUGGGAGCACCUCCAAAGAGUGAUGUGCCGAUUAUUACACCGAAUGAACUAACUGAGGCUGAUGGUUUGUUGCUUGGUUUCCCGACAAGAUUUGGAAUGAUGGCUUCUCAAUUUAAAGCAUUCUUAGAUGCAACUGGAGGCCUAUGGCGCACUCAGGCACUUGCAGGAAAACCUGCUGGAAUCUUUUACAGCACUGGUUCUCAAGGAGGUGGCCAAGAGACUACCCCGUUGACAUCCAUUACCCAGCUUGUUCACCACGGAAUGAUUUUUGUGCCAAUUGGUUACACAUUUGGUGCUGGGAUGUUCGAGAUGGAGAAUGUGAAAGGUGGCUCCCCAUACGGCGCAGGUACCUACGCAGGGGACGGCUCAAGACAGCCUACCGAUUUGGAAUUGGCUCAAGCAUUCCAUCAGGGGAAGUACUUUGCUGGCAUUGCAAAGAAGCUCAAAGGAUCUCAGUGA